CCGCGGCGUCGCUGAGGACCGGGCGGUGCUGCUCUUCGUCUGCUGCCGGGCAGAGGGGCCUGAGUCCCACUGCGGGGAGCGGUCUGUAAUCUCAGCUUCUUUCCGGGUUCCCGUGAUUCUCCAUACACUCCGUCUCAAAAGUGCAAAGAAAGAAUAUGCAGAAACUGCUCCUCCCUUGAACAUCUUGAGUCGGUCCCGUCUGCGUUUUUCCUAACUCCGUACUCUCCGGAAUAUUUGAAACUUCACCUUUUCCUGAGCUGUUCCAGGGUACUUACCAUCAUCAUCUCUCAGCAGUGAAGAGUAUCAGCACAACAGCAGAUAAGACUUUGUGCGCCUCUGAUCUUCUCCCUCCUGCCCUCCGAAACAUCCUCCCUGGGUUUCCAUGUGAAUUUACUGUGCUGUCCUUAGACAUAGGCCUAGCUGUUUCCAAAUUCUCAGCAGUUCUGCUUUCACCAUGGAUAUGCACAGUGCUAGUCAGUCCCUCUGUAUCACUGCUAGUUACCAGUCAGAAAGCAGGCUGGCAAGCCUCCUUGGGCUCCUGUUGAAAGCAAAGUUGCCCUUUGACAGCAAAGAAGCAGUGUUGCAAGCUGAUUCUAAACAUGGCCAUGUCCAAUUCCCUUUUGUGGGCUGUUGACAUUUUUGGGAGGGUUUACACUCUAUCUACUGUUGGCCAGUACUGGGAGCUCUGUAAGGAUACACAGCUGGAAUUCAAACGGGUCUCUGCGAUCAAACAAUGCUGCUGGGGAAUAGCCUGUGAUCAUCAAGUAUACACCUAUGUAUUCUCAGGUGACGUUCCCAUUAGAUACCAGGAAGAAACCUAUGAGAAUCAGCGCUGGAAUCCAAUUGGUGGCUUUUGUGAGAAAUUAAUGCCCAGCGACCGCUGGCAGUGGAGUGAUGUGAGCGGGCUAAAACAUCAGCAGCUUGAUAGUUUCACACUGCCUUCACCACACUGGGAGUGGGAGUCUGACUGGUAUGUGGAUGAAAAUAUUGGAGGGGAACCAACAGAGAAAGGGGGUUGGACUUACGCCAUAGACUUCCCCAGCACCUACACUAAGGAUAAGAAGUGGAAUUCUUGUGUCCGACGCAGGAGGUGGAUCAGAUACAGGAGAUACAAAUCACGGGACGUUUGGGCAAAGAUUAUAUCACAUGAUGAUCCAGAUCAGUUACCAGACCCUUUCAAUGAUAUCUCCAUUGGAGGAUGGGAAAUCACUGAUGAGCCUGUUGGCCGUUUAUCAGUAUGGGCGGUUUCUUUACAAGGAAGGGUGUGGUACAGAGAAAAUGUUUGCCAUCACAAUCCAGAAGGUUCUGUGUGGUCCUUAAUCGCCACUCCUGGUGAAGUGGUACAAAUCAGCUGUGGACCAUACGACCUCCUUUGGGCAACUCUUUGGGAAGGACAAGCUAUUGUGAGAGAAGGAAUUGAUAGGAAUAACCCUCAAGGAAUUUCCUGGAGUAUUGUGGAAUCGCCAAGCUCUGAAAAUGGGAUUAUGCACAUCUCUGUGGGUGUUGAUGUGGUGUGGGGUGUUACGAAAGACAGAAAAGUGUGGUUUAGAAGAGGUGUGAACUCGCAUAAUCCUUGUGGAACAAGCUGGAUUGAAAUGGUUGGAGAAAUGAUGAUGGUAAAUGUAGGCUUAAACAACCAGGUCUGGGGAAUUGGCUGUGAUGACAGAGCAAUUUACUUCCGUCAAGGUGUCACGCCAAGUGAGCUCAGUGGGAAGACGUGGAAGGCAAUUGUAUCUGGCAGAGAGAGUGACAGAUCUCAGACGGGGAGCUCAACAAGUCUGCUCAGUGCUGGCUGUUUCUUUACUGAUGAUAUUCAGAACCAAACAAAUGCGAUCAUUCAGGGUGAUGCAGAUACUUCCUCUGAUUCAGAGCUUCCAAGUGUAUCUGUGAACCUUGCCAACAACACUCCCGUGUUGGGAGCUGCAGCCAGCAACAGUGGUAAUGGUGCAGGCCACCAGACAGCAGAAAUAAGUGCAAAUUUGGCUGUGGAUCCCCUAGACUCUGAUCAAGGAGAAGCCAGCGUUGCUUCGACUAGUAAUGAGAAAGCCAGUCUUGAAAAACAUAAAUCUUCUACCAACCAGAAUCCUUCUGCAGAACUGCAGUGGACCAACAUUGACUUAAAAGAGGCCCAAAAGCACCCAGUCCUCUCCGGCAGCACCUUUGCAGAAACAUCCAGCCUGUCUUCCCUGGGCAUGUUCUCCGUGGGAGCUGAAGAACAGUAUGGAGCUGAUGAGCACCCACUGUGGGCCUGGGUCUCAGGGGGAGGCUGUCACGUGGACUCACACAGCCCAUUGAAAUGGUUCACUGUUCCAUCAGGUUUAACAUCCUCUGUGCAGUCUCUUUCUCUGUCUAUCACCCCAGCACAGACAGCAGCAUGGCGAAAGCAGAUUUUUCAACAGCUCAGUGAAAGAACAAAGCGGGAACUGGAGAAUUUUAGGCACUAUGAACAGGCUAUUGAGCAGUCAGUUUGGGUUAAAACUGGGACCUUGCAAUGGUGGAGAAAUUGGAAGCCUCAGAAAUGGAUGGAUGUUCGAGUUGCACUUGAACAGUUCACUGGGAGUGACGGAAUGCGAGAUAGCAUCCUGUUCAUCUAUUACAUGUAUCAUGAGGAGAAAAAGUAUAUCCAUGUGUUCCUGAAUGAAGUCACUAUUCUAGUUGAAGUCCUGAAUGAAGCUAAACACUCCUUUGCCCUGUAUACACCUGAAAGGACGAAGCAGCGCUGGCCAAUCCGUCUAGCAGCCACAACAGAGCAAGAAAUGCAUGACUGGCUGGCUUUACUGAGCAUGUCCUGUUGCGAAAGCAGACGCAUUCAAGGCCCUCCUUCCCACCAGGCCAUUUGGUCAGUUACUUGUAAAGGAGACAUCUUUGUUAGUGAGCCAAGUCCUGAACUGGAGGCUGGACCACACCUGAUGCCAUGUGAUCAAAUGUUUUGGCGUCAAAUUGGAGGUCAUCUUCGACUGAUAGAGUGCAAUAACCGAGGCAUAGUGUGGGGCAUAGGAUAUGAUCACACAGCCUGGGUUUAUACUGGUGGAUAUGGGGGUGGCUUCAUUCAAGGACUGGCCAGUAGCGCUGAUAAUAUUUAUACGCAAUCAGAUGUGAAAUGUGUUUAUAUCUAUGAGAACCAACGGUGGAAUCCAGUAACUGGAUAUAGCAGCAGAGGUCUGCCCACAGACAGACACAUGUGGAGUGAUGCAUCUGGCCUGCAGGAAUGCACAAAAAUGAAUACAAAGCCUCCUUCACCGCAGUGGUCUUGGGUAUCCGACUGGUAUAUUGAUUUUAAUACAUCAGGUGGAACUGAUCGUGAAGGCUGGCAGUAUGCAGCAGACUUUCCAGCGUCCUACCAUGGUCACAAGACAAUGAAAGACUUUGUCCGACGGAGGCGCUGGGCAAGAAAAUGUAAGAUAGUCACCAAUGGGCCGUGGCUGGAAGUGCCUCCUGUUACCCUAUGGGACAUCUCCAUAAUUCCCAGUUCAGAUGCAGAUGAUGAAGAAUCAGUAGCACUGUGGGCAAUCAGUGACAAAGGAGACGUGCUCUGCAGGCUUGGAGUGACACAGCAAAAUCCAGCUGGAACAUCCUGGCUUCAUGUGGGAACAGAUCAGCCGUUCAUUUCCGUCUCAAUUGGAGCAUUUUACCAAGUGUGGGCUAUUGCUAGAGAUGGUUCUGCAUUCUAUCGAGGUUCUGUAGCUCCAAAAAAACCUGCAGGUGACUGUUGGUACCAUAUUCCUUCGCCUCAGAAACAAAAGUUAAAACAAGUCUCAGUAGGACGAACAUCUGUGUUUGUGUUGGAUAAAAAUGGCAACCUUUGGUAUCGGCAAGGUAUUACACCAAGCUACCCUCAAGGAUCUACUUGGGAUCAUGUUUCAAAUAAUAUCCGUAAAAUGUCUGUAGGGCCUCUGGACCAGGUCUGGGUGAUAGCUGACAAGGUGCAAGGAAGUCACAGUCUGAGCUGUGGGACAGUCUGCCAUCGGACUGGUGUUCAGCCCAUGGAACCUAAGGGGCUUGCGUGGGACUAUGGUAUUGGGGGUGGAUGGGAGCACAUUACAGUCAGAGGAAAUGCAACUGAAGCAUCUAGGGUCAAUACGCAUGAUACUUCUGAGGAAGACCCUGCAAGAUCAAUGGAUCUAGAAGAUGAGGAGAGUAAAGAAAAAACAGAACUUUCUAAAACCACCCCUUUGAUGGUCAGUGAAGAACAAGAACUGGACAGAAAUGCUGUUAAUUGUUAAGUUCUCACUGUUUACAUCUUGCAAACAAACAGUAGUCAGUAUAAUUCAGAAAGAAACAAACCCUAAACGUGUACUGCCUGGAAGGAAAGAGACAACCCUUUUGUGCUCCUAAUGUAUUUUACAUUAGAACUGGAAUUUGUAAUGGGGUAAUUUAAAUGCUGCUUUCUUCUACUACAUCAUUAGUAAAAUGUGACUUGAUAGAACUGCUUGUUUUGUCAUGGCAGACAGGCAUUGUAGCCACAAUGUAUUUCUGACCCUUUACCAUAGCUGCUAGAAAACUAUAUGAAUGUGAAGUUCUUUGCAGAUGCUCACUACAUUUAUUUUAUUCUUUAUAAAUAUUACAGUUCCCUUCACUACAUUUCUCACAUACUCAGGCA